AUGCAAGGUCAACUCGUGGAGCUCUGCGCUUCUGCAGAUGCUGGCAGAGCCGCCGGCAAAGUCGAGGAGCCCGACAACAGGCUUCAAUGGGCGCAGACGCGUUCCAAGUGUAGUCGAAAGCUUCAUUUGCUGGUCUCUCUUUAUCUGGCGAUGGAGGACGGGACGUGCGUAGUUGAAAGAUACCAUGCGCAUGGCACGAAGAUUUCGGACUCCCACAAGGGCCCUUUGUCAACAAGCCUCUUUUCGGAUCUCCUCGAAUGCAAGCUCGAUGGCCCAACUUCACUUGAGGAGGUGGCGUCUAGGCAAGGCGCCGACCUGGCUUUAACCGAGUUCUCGAGAUCAUUUUUGAAGGAAUGGCGCAAGCAGUAUGGCAGCAGAUUCCGGAUCUACAAGGAGAAGAGGGUAGGCAAGAAAGAGGACGAGAAGUCGAAGAUGAUGAAAUUCACUCAAGCUGGUUUGCGGCUACGUCAGACAAUGGCUUUGCACAAGCUGUCCGCCCCGGACUCCGCGGUUUCGUCCAGCACGGUUAUUCCAGGAGUGAGCACCGCGGACGCAGCCAACCACUUGCGCAGUCAGUCUAUGAGGCCAAGCCAAGCCACUUCCAGGUUCAAACGGAGGACCGAGCUGAUCAAGGAGAAGGCUGCCGCGGCCAAAAUUAGCCGCCAGACAAUUGGGCAUCCUUUUGGGAAGCCUCAGAGGAUCACAGCGAAGCUGUUCACGCCGCAGUCGACUCUUCAGACACCAUGGGUGCAGAAGUUCAAGUCGCUGCGACGCUGGAAGAUUCUUGAUGCGUCCUUCACUGAUGAGGAUCUGGUUGUUCCUCCCUCGAAGGAAGUUCGAUUGCAGAGCAUCGCCGACGUCGAUGUCGAUGGCAACAUUCAGAAGCUCCUGGAAUUCAUUCCGUCCGCUCACAUUGCGGUUGUCGACUCGGUCACAGACCUUCUUCUCGAGAAGCCUGUCGUCUCGAAGCCCCGCGGCAGAGAAAUGCCUGGAUUGGUCAUGCAAAAGAAUGUGCUAUCGCAGCGAGUGGUCCUCCUGCACGGCCAGUCUUCCUUGUCGAGAAGUCAGCAGAAUUUCUUGCAAGGCCUCUGCAGCCUUUCAAAGGGGCUUUGGCAAACACAUGGGUCCAUGACGGACUAUGAACAGGUUCGUCGGGCCGAGGCCAAGGCGGUUGCAAAAAGCAAGCCCAAGGCAAAAGCGCGGGGAAGGCCGCCGAGUCCGAAAUUUGUGCAGCUCCACUUAGACUCAGCCAGUUGGCUGUGGAUGCUUUUCCAGUCGAUCCGAGCACUGGAUGGAACUGGAGUAGGGAUGGUAGUCGACUGGCUUUGGCGGAAUCAUCCACAACUCGCCGAUGCACUUGGCGAGCUGGAAGUGGAUGUGGAGCGAUUCUUGCCUGAGUCCGAACAGGGCCUUGUGGCGUGGCAAACGCCCUGCAGCUGCUCGGUUUCUCCCAGGUCAGAAGUGGUGGCGAUGGACGGCGUUGCGCUCUUCGGCCCGCCUGGCACCGGCAAGACGAUGCUGGCCAAAGCCGUGGCGAGCUGCACGGAGAACAUCACUUUCUUCAACUGCAGCUCAGCGACCCUGACCUCCAAGUGGCGAGGGGAGUCAGAGAAGUUGCUCCGGGCGCUGUUCCUCCUUGGUCUAGGGGGUCUUAUGUCUCUGUGGGCCUGUUUUGGCUCGGAAAGUUUGGCAGCCAAGGGUGCCGAGCUUGCAAGCGGGGCGUCAGCUGCUUCAAAUGUGAAGUAUGCUCCGAGGUUGAGUGAGACACAAGGCUAUGUUAUGCAACCGGACGCCACUGCUCCACCCGGUGACCCCCAACAGAUGAUUUCAGGGGCCUUUCUCAGACACCUCUUCGUCCUGGCAACGAGCAACGCGCCCUGGGACCUGGAUGAGGCAGCAUGGACGCCCGCCACAGCCCAGAGAAUGCUGCUCUGGCUCUCAGUCAUUGUGCCCGCGGCGAGUUUCAGCGACAGCUUCGGCAGGUGCAUGGAGGCGGCGGAGGUGCAGAUCCGUCGGGCGCCGGACCGGGCGGAGAUGGAAUACACCACAAGCCACGUCUUCAAGAAGCACCUGGCCGAGCAUUUCUGUGAGCAGGGGUCUCACAUGACGGCUCUUGAGUUGGGAGUGCAUGUGGGCCACACCACCGCCGUCCUGGCGGCGAUCUUUCGCAAGGUCAUCUCCGUGGACAUCCUGCGAGACUCUUUGGACCAGGCCGCAAACCACACCAAAGACCUGCCCAACGUGUUUCUGCUCGCUUUGGAUCUUCAAGCAGCCGACUGGCAGUCCAUUGCCAGCAACAACGUCAGCGUGGCGAUCAUCGACGCGAACCAUGACUACGAGGCCGUGCUGGCGGAUGCGCGCAACGCGCUGCUCUACUUCCCUGGGCUGCAGUUCCUGGUCUUCGACGACUACGUCUUCGACUCCGUGCACCGCGCUGUGAGCGAGCUUGAAGAUGCUGGUCUGCUGGUAAACUGCAAGGGUCUGGGCACCGGCUGGGAUGGAAGGAACUGGUCUUCCAGGUUCAACCGAUCCGAGGGCCGCAUCUGCCAAGCAGACAGAGGGAACCUCCAACGAGCUCUCCGGCACAGCUUCCUCAACCUCCGCUUCUACAUCUACAGGCUGCCGCUCAACAACCUGCGCCAUGUGGGCUACAUGCGCUUUCUCAGAGAUGGGAGCCUCGUGUCCUCCCAGUGGAAGCGGGGCAACUGGACCCUGAUCAGGGACGACUAUCUGCUGCUCCGCAUUCCCCGCCUCUCACGCCGGGAGCCUUUGGUGUUGCAGCUCAACGAGCGACGUAUGGCCUUCUUUCUGAGCAAGAUCAAGCAGCAGGAGGCCGAGUGGUUCGGACUCUUCGAGGACGUGCUGCACGAGCCCUUCAAGUUGGCGAACCAGGGAACGCCUCACUUAGGAUCUCGGGCAGACAGGCUUCUUAGCACAUCUGUCCUCAACCUCGUGCCCAUGAAUUUGCCAAGCGUUGAGGCACUCCGUCGCCGGCUGGAGAAGAGGAUCUACAUCCCGUUGCCGGAGGAGGCAGCGCGACAGCGUAUGCUUGAGCACUUCCUCAAGGACAUCGUGCUAGCCGAGGAUGUGGAUUUGCCGCUCGUUGCCGCGCAACUCGAGCGCUACAGCGGCGCCGACGUCCAACUUGUUUGCCGCGAAGCCUCCAUGAGUCCCAUGCGACGUUUAGUCGACGGGCUCACCCCAGCAGAGCUGGUCCAGCUACGCAGCGAAGGCAAGCUGGACACCAGCAGCCUCUCAGUGGCAAUGGCGGACUUUGAAGCUGCCAUUGCAAGCGUGCAGCCCUCGGUCUCCCAGAGCGACACUCGCCGAUAUCUGGAGUGGCAAAGGGAGUUUGGAUCGCAGUGA